AGGAAAGACCGAGAGCCUACGAAGAAGACGAAUACGGAAGUGUUGCAAGAAUGGCAGUUUCCGAAAAAGUGGCAAGUCAAGAGCGCUAAAGGUUCGCGUCCUGGCUUAUGUGGCUCCUUUUAAAAUUGUCCAAAGACAAUAAACAGGAGAUAUGCAGAUGGAUACAAAGGUGUUUCGCAGUCCGGCUCGUCAUGGCUACGCGGUGGAGGCGUCGCCCUUCUUGGCCAGCAGGCUGGCAUGUGCCACCUCUCAGCACUACGGCAUCGCAGGUUGUGGCUCGCUGCUGGUCUUGGAGGACACGCCUGGCGGAGUGCACCUUGUACGGAGUUGGGAGUGGAGCGACGGCCUCUUUGAUGUGGCGUGGAGCGAAGCCAAUGAGCACGUCUUGGUGGCGGGUGGCGGAGACGGCAGCCUGCAGGUGUGGGACACGGCCAAUCACGGCGCCCCCCUCAGGGUUGUGAAGGAACAUACACAAGAGGUCUACGCAGUCGACUGGAGUCAGACGAGAGGAGAGAACGUCAUUGUGUCAGGAUCAUGGGAUCAAACCGCCAAAGUGUGGGACCCCGCCCUCGGCCAAUCGCUGACCACACUCACAGGUCACCAGGGGGUCAUCUACAGUACCAUUUGGUCACCUCACAUCCCAGGAUGCUUUGCCUCAGCCUCAGGUGACGGGACGCUCCGGGUUUGGGACGUGAAGGUCGGCGUGUGUCGAUUGGUCGUCCCAGCGCACGACGCCGAGAUCCUGAGCUGUGAUUGGUGCAAAUAUGACCAGAAUGUUGUGGUCACGGGAUCAGUGGACCGCAGCUUGCGCGUUUGGGACCUGAGGAACGUCAGACAGCCUGUCAAUCAAAUGAGAGGCCACACCUAUGCCGUCCGUAGAGUCAAGUUCUCGCCAUUCAGCGGCAGCCUGUUGGCGUCCUGCUCCUACGACUUCACUGUCAGGUUUUGGGACUUGAAGAGUGAGGAACAUCUUGUUGGUACGGUGGACCACCACUCCGAGUUUGUGUGCGGACUGGACUUCAACCUCCACAUCCCCAACCAGGUCCUGGACUGUUCGUGGGACGAGACAGUGAAGAUCUACACGCCAACAUGUCUGACGGCCGCCACCACAGGGACACGCCCACACUAAUGUCACGUGACCUCUCCGAGGCGAUGACGCAACGUGGACAAUAACGUCUUUUUGGGACAACUUCCUGUGACGUCCGUCCCGUCCUCAUGCAGGCUGACCGGACCUCCUGAUAAUUGUCCAGCGCCAGUGCACUUCUCAAUAUGCACACUUGCAUGGGACUUAGUACACUAACAUUAUACACUCAGUGUACACUUACUGUGGAAUGCCAGCAUGCAUGUUGUACAAUGUUAGUGCACUACAUUAUACACUUUGUGUAUGCUUACUAUAUAAUGCUAGUACACUUCCAUCCAUCCAUUUUCUAGCGCUUAUCCUCAAGAGGGUCGCGGACAUGCUGGAGCCUAUCCCAGCUGUUUUGGAGUGACAGGCGGGGUACACCCUGGACUGGUGGCCAGCCAAUCACAGGGCACAUAUAGACAAACAACCAUUCACACUCACAUUCAUACCUAUGGACAAUUUGGAGCAUUAUCCCGAUGGUGUACGCGUUAGUACACUAACACACUACUGUAAGUGCAGUAAGUGUAGCAUUACUAUAUGUUAACAUAAGUACAUGUUGUACAAUGUUAGCGGCAGCCAGGCUGGUAAUUCCUCACUCCCUCUGCCUUCAGAGCCGCGCUGACUCCGGGCUUUUGACUCCCAUACAGAAUGUCCUGUGUUCGAGCCCCGGUGCGGGGGUGUGAAGCAGGCAGGCAGGAUAAAUGUACUUAGUAUGUGUUGGUGCAGUACGUUAGUGUGCUAACAUUAUACACGUUAGUGCGCUAACAUUAUACACUGAGUUUACACUUACUAUAUAAUGCUAAUACACUGACAGUUAUAUAACCUGAGUACAUGUACAAUGCUGAGAUGAUGCAGUCAGUGUAACGUAAGGAUAGUCCACAUUGAUGGAGUCUAUACUCCAGCAUGUAUGCAGGAAAAUGCAGUAAUUUGGAGAUAAGUACUGAUUGGAUAAGUAUAGAAUGGUGGGGGUGUGAAUGAGCGUGUUUGCGGUAAAAUGAGCGUGUGUUAAUCUUGCCGGUUGCUAAUCUUCUGGUGCUAAUUGGAUGCUAGCAGCCAAUGCUGGAUAAGCCCCCCUCUGACCCCCCCUCGUGGUCUCCAAGUGAUUUAAUGAUAAAUUGUUUAGUUUUAAUCGUCUCCAUUGUGGUGGGGGUGGGGGGAUUCUCCUCCCCCAAUAAAAUGACUUUAGAACGAAACUUUAAAC